AUGAAGAACUCCAGGAAACGAAGACGAGAUAAACAACAUAAAGCCCUCCCUUCAAACCACAACGACAAGGCGCUCUUUUCCACGAUUGAGGCGUUGUUACCGCCCGAACAAGAAAUUCUUUUGCUUGACCAGUUCAUUGCAAAAUACGCUCCAAACUUGAAAGUUGACGAAUGCACGUUGAAACGAUUUCCAACUCUGGUUCUGGCACCCUUGAAUUCAAUUGUGGUGUCCCCAUCGCUUCGAAAGGUGGAAUGCUGGGAACCACUUCCAGGUCUAGUGGACGAUGUAGUUUGGUGUUUGGUCCAACGUCGAGAUAAGUGGAAACGAUUAAGUUGUGAUGCUCGAAAACGAAAAGCAGAUGAAUCGUUAUCGUCAUCAACACGAGUGAAGAAGAGAAGGAAACUUUCCGAUCAAAUGGCACCUGAUGGUCAUGAUCAAGAAAUUCAGAUAGAAAGUGGAAGGAACGUAUUGGCCCAGGGGUAUGCGGCUGAAUCCGUUGAAGAUUUGGCAUCUUUUUCAAAUCGUCACAAUCAUUUGUUUCAACCAAUGCCAGUCACAAUCACACCCCUUAUGCGACCUGGGGUAGCUUGUUUUCAACCAAAUGACAAGGUAUCCCUUUGUAAAUCAUCAAUCACCUUCCAACAGCUACACGGGAGUCUUGGCGAUGAACUGUUGCGGACCAUCUUACUCCAUACGAGGCUUUUUCUUCCACUGUCCGAGUUGCAGUCGCAACAGCCGGCAGAUCAGGCUCGCAAUGACUGCAAACACCAAGAGGAAAAUUUCUUGAUGGUGUGUGGGCCCCCUUUGUCUCAAUGGGAAGGGAAAGCUGCAAUCAAGGCAACUAGUGCUGAUGACAGAAAUCGCCCAUCAUUCAAGCGCCCACGAUGGAUUCAGCAAUGGGUACCAAUGGACGACAACCACCACCACCCCAAUGGUACACUGUCGCGACAUUCCCUCUACUAUUCGAGCUUCUACAUUCCAAAAAUUGGCCUUCCAAAGAGUCAUGUCUUGCAACUUCAAACCCAGUCGUCGCCCACUCAGAACGGCGCCACUAUACUGCUACGAAGAAUGGUCAUGUCAGAUUCUUCAAAACAAGGGGGCAAGAAAACUACACAAGAUAAGCGCAGGUGGAUACGCGUGCGUCACUAUGGCGUUGACCUGUGUCAUCAAAUAUUACUGGGACAUUCCAAAUGCGACUACGCUAGGCUCCUAAAUCGUUACUGUGCGAUCCCAGACACUGCGACGGCCAUAUCGACGAAAAGCAAUCCAGCUAUCCCAGCUGGUCAAGAUGAUCUAAUUACACUAGCUCACAGCCAUGCAACGAACGAAUCAGUCGCCUCCUUUCUGGUAUCAGUAUUGAAAGCCGUAUUCCCAGCCAAAUUUUGGGGAUCUGGGGGCAACUUUGAUUCUGUCGUCGAGUCAGUUCGUCAUUUUGUGAUGCUCCGGCGAUACGAGAAGCUUGCCAACAAGAGGCUAAUGCAUGGAAUCCGAAUCACCAAAAUGCCGUGGUUGGUAGGUAACAAGCGCGCUGGAACAUCUUGGACCAAAGCUGAUCAUCAAGUUGUCACAUCCUUAGCAUUGGGAGUGCUCCGGUGGAUAUUUCGAGGUUUUCUUAUUCCGCUUUUGCGAGCAUGUUUCCACGUUACAGAAAGCGAAUUCGCGGGGAAACAGUUAUUGUACUACCGGAAACCGGUUUGGUCCAUUUUUCGUUCUCUAUCCAUGAAAAAGUUGCUUCGGAAACAAUUCUUCCAGCUUUCGAUAGCGAGAACAAGGCAAUUAUUGGUGCAACAACGAAUGGGAUUCUCUCAACUUCGUUUAUUGCCAAAAGCGACUGGAGUACGCCCAAUUUCGCAAUUGAGCCGGUCACCUGUCUUUCCAUUUUCGAUGAACUGUAAGCCUGUUAUGCGUGGAGACCUGGGGCGUAGAAGUUUACCAGGAUCGCAAGAAGAAUAUUUUUCUGAUCUUCAAAAAGGAUCAAUGAAAUUGCUUGCAACAAAUAAGAUACUUUCUGAAGCAUUUCACAUAUUGAAGUACGAGUGCAGUCAACUCGCUCGACCUUUUGGCUUCGGACUGGCAAGUUUGUCCGACUUUUAUCCGUUGUACCGUAAUUUCAUUCUUGGCUUGAAGAAGCCUAGGAAAAACUUGAUGCUUCGCUUCGCCUCAGUGGACAUCGAAAAAUGCUUUGAUAGUAUCAAUCAAGACCAUCUGCUGAAACUUCUCAACGAGUUAAUAUCAAGGGAUCGUUAUUUCAUUCAGCAAUUCAAUCAAUUUUGUUUGAACAAAAAUGAAGGCAAGUUGGAAACGAAGGUGAGGAAGAUUGUUGAUCCCAAUCAUCAGGAUUGCCAGUCAAUCUCAAAGAGCCUGAAGAAUGUGAUUUUUGAUUCGAGAAAUCGCAAUGUGAUGUCAAGGAUUAGGGUUAUGGAACUGCUGACAGAACACCUUUGCAGCAACUUGGUUGCGGCAAAUGGGCGAUAUGGAAAACGGGCUUUGCUGCAAAGUGGGGGAAUUCCUCAAGGAAGCACUCUUUCAACGUUGCUGUGCAAUCUAUAUUAUGGUAGCGUGGAAGAUUCCUUGUUUCAAGGCAUGCAGAAUUCGGCGAGCCUUAUCACCAGGCAGGUCGACGACUUCCUCUGUAUAUCAACAGAGAGCGACUUUAUUCACGAGUUCGUUGAUCGAAUGGACAAAGGAAAUGAAGCACUUGGAGUGAAGGUAAACAAAGGCAAAACACUUGUGAGCCACCUCGCGGAAGCCAGGAUGACGCAUAGUAUUUUUGGCGACAGUCUAUUUCCUUGGUGCGGGAUGCUUUUUGAUACUAUGACUGGCGAGGUAUCUAUGGAUUAUACAAGAUUUCACGGGGGCAUAGCACGGGAUAGCCUGACUGUUCGCAGAGAAGGAAACGAAGGAAGCGGGCUACGGUCAAAAGUGAAAAGUUUUAUUCUUCCGAGAUGCAUCCCCAUACUCUUUGAUUCUGCGAUCAAUUCGUUCGAAAAAGUUGUUGCCAACUUUUAUCAGACGAUGCUCUAUGGUGCCAUUAAGAUGGCUGAAUAUUUGAGGAGCAGUCAGUUGAUGCAAUCAUCAAAUCCGGAAUUCUUGCUCAAGUUGAUUGAUGACGCUGCUGACUACGCGUUGAGCGAGAUUAAGACAAACUUAAAACGACAGCAACAAUCAGGGAGAUCAUGCAAUUUCGCGCUGAAGAAAAAGACAGUAUGCUGGAUCACGUGGCGGGGGUUCCAUGAUAUAUUCUCACUUCUCCAAGAGUUCCAUGAGUUUAGCACACUGAUCAAUGCACAACUGGCUUACAAGACUCCAUGCCCAAGGCUGGACAUUAUUUUGGAAAAGGCAUAUGAACGGUUCGAUGUAUCAAAUAUGAUUAGUUUCUAG